UGCCUAACGAUGUGAGUUGCAAAAAUCAAAAUCGGCGGCCCCAAAAAACUCCAUUCAGCUCCCUCUUCCAUUCUUUCCUUCCAUAGCGAGAGGGACGGACAAGAAUCCUUUCCUUCUUCCCAAAAAUAACAUGUUAAUAUAAACUCAUUUUUCCUCCCUUUUUCGCUGCCACCGUUCUGUCAUCAUUAACGCGGUUUUGCUUCCUCUAUUUCUCUCUCUCUCUCUCUCUCUCUCUCCGAGCAGAUUAAUAAUCCCACAAUUCAAGAGACCGAGAAUAGCUACUAUUGACUUCAGAUCUGCUUGCACAGCCAUCCUUCAAGUUCCAAUUUUGCUUCAUUCAUUUGCGCAGAAUAAUGGAUUCCGAGCAGCGCCGCAAGCGGAAGCGAAUAUACAAACCGAACGCCAACUUCUUUUCAGUUAGGUCUUUAACUGUUUGCUUGUCUUUCUUCGUCUUUCUCCUCUUCAUUUCUUCGGAUCGCUCGCCUAUCCGUACUGGGUCUUUUCGGCCAGUCCUAUCUGUACCCACUUCCUUGUCGCUUUUGCCUACCCGUCUAGCUCUAACUGGAGACUUUUUCGAUGCUAGAUCCUUGUCUUUGAUAGUGGAGGAUAGGGUCUUGUUGCCUGACCACUUGUUGCUAAUUGUUUCUAAUAAACUUCCUAGCGGUGACAAUAUUCACUGUGUUUACUAUAGUUUGUUCAAUUCUUCGUCUUCUGAAGAUGUGGUUUUAAAGCCGGCCAUGUCUGUAGAUGGAUACCGUGGGGAUAGGUCCCUUGUAAGGUGCCAGCUUCCGCCGAUGAAUUUUUCUGCUGCUGUUGACUUGCGGCGAACUUGGGAGGUGGAAGGUGAUGUGUUGUUGCGGGGUAAUACGGCAGUGGUGGUUCCUUCAUGGAAUAGAGUUGUCUACGAGGCGAUUUUGGAUUUGGAUUCAGCGGUUGUGUUCGUUAAAGGAUUGAAUCUUCGCCCACACGAGGAAUCAGAUCCGACCCAAUUCAGGUGCCACUUUAGUUUAAGCAAUUUUGACAAGGAUAAAGGAUUUGUGUUCACUACCGAAGCAACUGCGGCUGCACAAGAGGUUGUAAGGUGUUCGUUCCCCCGUAGUGUUCGGAGGAACCCAGAGAAGGCUCAGGGGAUUCGAGUCACAGUUAGCCGGGUUGAUGCUGGUGAAAAUGCCAUUGAACCUCUGCCCUCUGUAGCCAAAGUUCACAGUACAAAGUCGUAUAAGCGGAGUUAUGGUGGGAAGAAGUAUGAGCUUUGUUCUUGUACCAUGUUGUGGAACCAAGCCUCUUUUCUUCGGGAGUGGAUUGUGUACCAUGCCUGGCUGGGGGUGGAGCGAUGGUUUAUCUAUGACAACAAUAGCGAUGAUGGGAUUCAAGAGGUAAUUGAUGAGCUUAAUUUGCAGAACUACAAUGUUAGCAGGCAUGCUUGGCCAUGGACUAAAGCGCAGGAGGCUGGUUUUUCACAUUGUGCUUUGCGAGCAAGGAAUGAAUGCAAGUGGCUGGGAUUCUUUGAUGUGGACGAGUUUUUCUACUUCCCUCCUCACCGUAGACAAGAUAUGCAGGGUCAAAAUUCUCUAAGAACCCUGGUUGCGAAUUACUCGAAUUCACCAACAUAUGCAGAGAUAAGAACAAUUUGUCACAGCUUUGGACCUUCUGGUUUGACCGCAUACCCAUCACAGGGAGUAACCGUUGGCUAUACUUGCCGGCUUCAAGCUCCUGAACGGCACAAAUCUAUUGUACGCCCAGAACUGCUGGAUGUGACCCUUCUUAAUGUGGUGCAUCACUUCAAACUACAGCGAGGAUACAGGUACCUGAAUGUGCCUGAAAGUAAAGCUGUAGUGAACCACUAUAAAUACCAGGCAUGGGAUACUUUCAAAGCCAAGUUCUUCAGGCGAGUUUCUACCUAUGUUGCUAACUGGCAAGAGGACCAAAACAAGGGCUCAAAAGAUAGAGCACCUGGACUAGGGACUGUGGCCAUAGAACCUCCUGAUUGGCGAUUACGGUUCUGUGAAGUUUGGGACACUGGUCUUAAGGAUUUUGUCUUGGCCAACUUUGCUGCUACUGCAACUGGUUUACUUCCUUGGGAGAGGUCUCCUUUCUAACAAAGUCACAAUUUAGAGGUGCUUGCAGCUAGGUACCUUUGUAAAACAGAGUAAUCAUACACGCAGAUUCAUUCUUUACUUUACCAUUUUUUGUAUCUUAUUGUUUGUUUGUCAUAGACAUGCAAAUUACACAUACAGUUGUAAAGUUGCUAAAAUAUGAAAUGAUUCUUUUCUUCA